CCCCAGCGCGGGGCCGAGGCGGGCGGCGGCCGGCUGGGCGCCCCAGCCCAGGAAAAAUGUGAUAAAGAAAAUACUGAGAGAAAUAUAACUCAAGCUGCCGAUAGCUGCUUCGCACAUGGAAUGAUGCAAGACCAGUCUGUUUGGGGAAAUUGUUCAGAUGACGACCUCAUCCAAACCCAACCUCAACGCCUGCCUCAGCUUCAAACGUCCCUACAGGAGCCAAGUGAGGAGGAAAACGGGAAGAUAAAGAACGGUCACACUAGUCUGAGCAAUGGAAAUGGAAUUCACCACCACGGGGCCAAAAACGUAUCUGCAGAUAAUCGAAGACUCUCAGCACCUGUUUCUCACAAAAUGCAUAGAAAGAUUCAGUCCAGCUUAUCCGUAAGCAGCGAUAUCAGUAAGAAGAGUAAAGUAAAUGCUGUCUUUUCCCAAAAGACAGGCUCUUCACCUGAAGAUUGCUGUGUCCACUGUAUCCUGGCCUGCUUGUUCUGUGAAUUCCUGACCCUCUGCAAUAUUGUCCUGGGCCAAGCUUCGUGUGGCAUCUGCACCUCAGAAGCCUGCUGCUGUUGCUGUGGAGAUGAAAUGGGGGAGGACUGUAACUGCCCUUGUGACAUGGAUUGUGGCAUCAUGGAUGCCUGUUGUGAAUCAUCAGACUGUCUGGAAAUCUGUAUGGAAUGCUGUGGAAUUUGUUUUCCUUCAUAGAUAUUUAUCAUCUAUUGUGUUAAAACUGGAGAGUUUUAGGAUUUUUAAGGGGGCAGAAAAGCACAUGGUAGGAUUCUCAUGAAGCAAGCCAGUAUUUGCACUGUUCACUCAUUAAGUAAUCUCUGAAAGCCUUCUCUAACCAAAUCUACAUGGUUUAAUAUGUGAAAUUUUAACUACUUGUAAACUUAAUAGGUUACAAUGACUGAGGGACAUUUUGACCCCAAAAGGAAUGCUAAAUGUCUCCUCCUUUUUAUACAUAUUUCUAUUUAACUAUUCUUAGGAGUCUCUUGCUCCAAAUGUAUUAUUUCUCUGUGGGUAUUUAAACCAGACAAUUUAUUUUUGAUGUUUAUCUAUCCCUGGUUCAAAGUAGGCAUUUCUUUCCUUUAAAGUGAACUUUGGGAAACAAACACACACCAUAGUUGGGCACCCUGUGUUAAUCUCCGUGCUCUGUUUUCACUUUCUCCACUAGUUCAACAGACAUUGAGUUCCUCCUGUAUCUAAUCGCCUGCUCAGAUGCAGAGAUGGAUGCCAUUCAACUCCCAUCCAGAGGAGUGUACAGUUUAACAGAGCAAAGAGACCUGUAAGGUAUGGACCAUUCCUCAGGGCAUACCGAAGUGAGGCUUAUGCAAGAGAAGGACCGAAAAGGCUCUAGGAGUACAAGGAGAAGAAGAGCUCUUGUACCCUGGAAUGUGCACAGGGCCUCAAGGAGAAGGUGGUAUUUGAAAAGGCCUUUUAGGAUGAAUGAUCCAUCUAUGGCUUGAAUGAAUUAGAUUUAGGACCAAGUUUUAGAUGGGAGCCCAAACUGUGUGUGUCCUUAAGCAGCUAAAAGAAAAAUACCUUAUGUAUCUUCUUUGGUUGCAGGAAUACAGCUUUAAAAAAAAAAAA